ACGAGUGACAGAUGGAGGCCGACGGGAGGAAGGAGCGCGAGACAACGGCGGCGGCGGCGCAGAUUUACAGGGGCGCGGCGUCGUUGGGCGUGUCCGUGCAGGAGGGGCUGCAGCACGCCAAGGCCAGCGUGGUCGGCUCGGUGCAGCAGGCGAUGGCGGGGAGCGAGGAGGAGGCGGCGCAGGCGGACCUGCGCGCGGCCAAGGCGCAGGUGGAGGCCACCGACGAGGCCGAGGCCAAGAAGAAGCACCUCGCCGGUUGAUCCAGGUCACCGCGGCUUAAUUGCGUGCAAGAUUGCUAGGCUAUAUGCAUUGCAUUUUGGUAGGUUCUGGACUUCUGGCCAUUUUUGUUUUUGUAAUAAUUCCAUCUGAAAUUUGUUACUCCAGUCAAUGUUAAGAAGUGUGGUUUGUUUACC